UAUCUAAACACGGCCAUGUUGGUAACUCUAACACGCACGUCAUUUCCAUUCCUAAUCUUCAUCUUUCUGCAGACCCUAAUAUAUUCUUCGCCACUCAUUCCCAAAUCCAAACCCUCAUUCUCGACCUUGACAAAAUAUAUAUGUAUAUAUAUAUAUAUAUUAUCGUCUCCGACAAUGCAUGUAUGCGGCGGCCAUGGAUAUCCGAUCCUCACCUGUGCAAAGGAUUAUAGAGAGACGUGGCAAAAUUCGUCGUGAUCCUUGCCUUUCUAAUUGCCACUAAAAUUGAUUCAUUUGAUUUUUAACAAGAUCAAAAGUUUAUUUUAUUUUAUUUUUCCAAUAAUAAUAAUAAUAAUAAUAAAUGAAUAUAUUGCUGAGGAAGAAAAAUUAUAAAUAGGAGAGGGCGAGAUUUGAAGAUUAGAGGAAUGGCAACACUCACAUUUCCGGAAGCGGUUCCGUCGCCGGUCGACGACUGUGAAACUCUCAACGCUGCUUUCACCGGGUUGGGAACAGAUGAGAAGGCAAUAAUUCGGACUUUGGGGCACAGAAAUGCGAACCAGAGGAAGCAGAUCCGAGACACUUACGAGCUGCUUUACGAUAAGUACCUCGCCGAUCAUCUUCAUUCUGAGCUAUCUGGUGAUUUCGGGAAAGCAGUGGUCUUGUGGAUAUACGAUGCCCCUGAAAGAGAUGCAAGGCUUGCAAAUUCAUCACUAAAGUCGAUGAGGAAAGGCGUAGCCGAGUUACAAGUGAUUGUAGAGAUAGCCUGUGUUGCAUCACCUCAGUAUCUGCUUGCUGUAAGGCAAUGUUAUUGUUUUCUCUUCGAUUGUUCAUUGGAAGAAGACAUUGUUUCAGAAGUUCCUCUUCCAGUUCGAAAGGUCUUGGUUAGUUUGGUGAGUUCCUUCAGACAUGACAAAGAAGUGGUGAAUUCCACCGUAGCAAGUGAAGAGGCUAUUAAACUGCAUGAGUCCAUCGAAGCCAAGAAGUUAGACGAUGAUGAGCUCAUAAUGGUGCUCAGCACAAGAAAUGUGUUUCAGCUCAGGGAAACUUUCAAGUUCUACAGGGAUAGUUAUGGAAGAUCCCUAGAUCAGGAUAUCGCAGAUUGUGGACACGGCGUUCUUGAGUCUCUGCUAAGAGCGGUAGUUUUGUGCAUCGACUCCCCACUCAAACACUUUUCUGAGGUUCUAAGAAAUUCGAUUGCAGGGAUGGGGACAGAUGAAUAUUCACUGACUAGGGUCAUCAUUUCUAGAGCUGAAAUCGAUCUGAUGAAUAUCAGAGAAGAAUAUGCGAAUGCUUACGGUUCAAAUCUUGAUGAUGAUGUCGCUGGCGACACAUCUGGUGAUUAUAAGGACUUUCUGAUUACUUUGCUUGGAGCAAAUAUCUGACUCUGAUGCAUAUACAUAUAUACACAUCCUUGUAAGUUUCUCGAGUUUACGUACACUUUGGCAAGUAGGAUGAAAUUGCUUCAUACAAACUUCUAAUAAGUCUUUACAAUGCUUUUACUAUUAGGUAAACAUAAUCAAGUUCUGAGUUUUUGUAUCUGAAUUUGAU